AAUACUUGUUUGAUCAGUAUACAAUUCACGGAAACACCGGAAAGGUUCAACUCGGUUGGCGAUGUUAGGCUGGCGACGAAAAUAAAGGUCCGGUGAAAUGAGGGAAGCUUGGCCUGCCCGCUUUCCCCACACCCACGGCUCAUGAUGCGCGCAUGGAACGGGGCACAUGCGGAGCAAACGGAGUAUAAUAUAUAAGCGGGGGUGGCAAGCAAGAACAGAAAUGAUCCGGUUCUUGGAUCAGGUAUGCCAUUUUUUUAAGUUCUUCAGCAGUGGACGACGCACGCUCGGAUCUUCGUCGGAGAAGAAUUGAGGAAGCUAUAGAUGGCUGCGAUGGGCGGCCGCGGGCCGGCGGUCAUCAAAGGCGGCGGCGGAGGCGGCGACAGGCCGGUGGGGAGCAGGCUGGUGUCCGUUGCCGUCGGCGGCUUCCUCUUCUUCCUCGUCCUCCUCCGCUCCUCCCGCCACGACGUCGCCGUCGUCCUCGACGCCCGAACAGGCGACGUCCGGGUGUGGCCGCGACAGCAGGGAGGGAGACACGGCCACCUGCAGCAGAGUGCCGAGCAGAGCAACGGCAUGGCAGCCGCAGAACCCUUCUCUUCAGGGGUUAGCGACGCGGUGAUCGGAGGGGAUAGGAACGACGACGACGUCGAGACAGACGCAGCGCCGGAGGAGGCAGAGCGUCAGAGCAACGCCGCCGCCGCCACUAUAAACUCCGACGAGCAAGCACAACCAGAACCAGUCGCCGAGGACGCGCCCCAAGACAAGUCCUUAACCACCGCGCAACCCGCCGUGCAGACGACGUCUCCUCCGCACGGACUUCCAGGGGGCAUUGCGUUCUCGACGCGUGCGGGUCCAGUGGACCAGCAGCGGCAGCCGCUGUGCGACACCUCCGACUCCCGUGCUGACGUCUGCGACCUCACCGGCGACGUCCGCAUGGACGCCAGUGCCUCCGCGUUCGUCGUCGUCGUCGGUUCGGCGGGCGGUGCCGACGGGCAGACGUACAAGGUCCGGCCGUACCCGCGGAAGGGCGACGCCACGAGCAUGGGCCGCGUCACCGAGAUCACCGUGCGGACGGCGGCCGGCGCGGGGGCCGCGCCGCGGUGCACGGCGUCGCACGCCGAGCCGGCGGUCGUGUUCUCCAUCGGCGGGUACACGGGGAACCUCUUCCACGACUUCACCGACGUCAUCGUCCCGAUGUACAACGCCGCGCAGCGCUACGGCGGCGACGUGCGCCUCGUCGUGACCGACGCGGCCCCGCGGUGGCUGGCCAAGUACGGCGCGCUCCUGCGCGGGCUGUCGCACCACGCGCCGCUCGACCUUGCCAAGGCCGCCGCCGCCGGGGAGGUGCACUGUUUCGGCCACGCCGUGGUCGGCCUGCGCGCGCACCGGGAGCUCAUGAUCGAGCGGGAGCGCAGCCCGGACGGGGUCGGGAUGCCGGAUUUCACGCGGUUCCUCCGGCGCGCGCUCUCGCUGCCCCGGGACGCGCCGACGAGCCCCGGCGGCGCCACCGGAUGCAAGCCCCUCCUGCUCAUCGUCUCCCGCCGUGGCACUCGGCUGAUUCUGAACACCGAAGCCGUUGUCCGCACGGCGGAGGAGGUCGGCUUCGAGGCCGUAGUGAGCGAGCUGGACGUGGCUGACGACGACGUCGGGCGGGUGGGGCGGCUGAUCAACUCGUUCGACGCGAUGGUGGGCGUGCACGGCGCGGACCUGACCAACAUGGUGUUCCUGCCGACGGGCGCGGCGAUGGUGCAGAUCGUGCCGUGGGGCGGGCUGCAGUGGAUCGCGCGGAUGGACUUCGGCGAUCCGGCGGAGGCGAUGGGGCUCAGGUACAUCCAGUACGAGAUCGCCGUCCACGAGAGCAGUCUCAAGGAUAAGUACCCGAGAGACCACGAGAUCUUCACCAACCCGACUGCGUUGCACAAGAAGGGCUUCAAGUUCUUGAGGAACACGUUCUUGAAAAGCCAGGACAUCAUCGUCGACGUCGACCGCUUCAGGGCGGUGCUGCUCCAGGCGCUCGAGAACCUCUCGCAGUAAUUCGCAAAAGAAGAAGCUCUCGCAGUAGGAAGUAGUUGCGUGCGCAACUAGUUGCAUGCAUGCGUGCGCACAUGUGUAGAUGGAUAUCUGUAUUUUUCACACAAAAGGUGACUGUAAGAAUGGUAAUAGGCGACAAGGAAUCCAACAAAAGGCAAAGGUCGACGAUUUACACUGCACAUACGUAAAAAACAAUAUAGAGAGAGAGAUCGACUGUGUUAUAAUUUUUUUACUA